AAAUCUCAAAUACGGGAAUGUCCUCUUGAGAGACCUCCCCAACCUCGCCGGCCGGAGAUUCUUGAAACCCUUACAAUGACGGUGGAGCUGAUGGAAUUCCCGAAGAUGGAGGAUCAGAAGGCCAUCCAGGAAGCCGCAUCGCAAGGAUUGCAGAGCAUGGAGCACCUGAUCCGGUUCCUCUCCCACCAGCAGCAACACCCAAACAACCAAUCGGCCCGCCUGGACUGUACGGACAUCACCGAUCACACCGUCUCCAAGUUCAAAAAGGUCAUCUCCCUCCUCAAUCGGACGGGCCAUGCCCGGUUCCGACGCGGUCCGGCUCAACCGGUUCAGCCCGUCCACUUCUCUUCUUCUCAUCCCUCACCUUCACAAACACUGAGCUUAGCUCCGGCUCUAAAUCUUACUCCGACUCCCGCGCCGGUUCCGGUAACUGCUCCUGCGGUUGUUCAGCAGGCUACGAUCGAGUCGAGUUUCGGCCAAUCGCAGCCGCACAGCAUGACGCUCGACUUCACGAGGCCUAAUGCCUUCGCCUCGAACCCGAAGAGCGCGGAGAUUGAAUUCGCAAAGGAUAACUUCAGCGUCUCGUCAGGCUCGUCGUUCAUGUCGUCGGCGAUCACCGGAGAUGGCAGCGUUUCGAACGGGAAGCUGGGAUCGUCGAUCUUCUUGGCUCCCGCUCCGGCUGUGUCCGGCGCGAAGCCUCCUCUCUCAACGGCGCCGUUUAAGAAGAGUUGUCACGAGCACGACCACUCCGACGACACGUCGUGCAAGUUUUCCGCCUCAGGAUCUGCUUCCGGUUCCGGCAAGUGCCAUUGCUCCAAGAGAAGGAAAAAUCGGGUGAAGAAAACGAUUCGCGUGCCGGCGAUUAGUUCAAAAAUCGCCGAUAUUCCACCGGACGAGUACUCCUGGAGAAAGUACGGUCAGAAGCCGAUCAAGGGCUCGCCUUACCCAAGGGGAUAUUACAAGUGCAGUACGGUGAGGGGGUGCCCGGCGAGGAAACACGUGGAGCGGGCUCCGGAUGAUCCGGCGAUGCUGAUCGUAACGUACGAAGGGGAGCACCGUCACGCGCCGGAGAGCGUGGGGUUGGUGUACGAGUCAACGUGAGUGAAAGUGGGUAGAGAGGGGAUUUGUCACAGCAGUUGAGAGGAAGGUGGUGGAACUGGAAUGGAUGUAACUUUUGUUUUUUAUAUAUAUAUAAAAAAAUUGUGUAGUUUAAUUAAAUGGAUAAUGGGAAAAAAUUGAGGGCGGAAUCAAUCUGUCCUAGCGGUGUUUAAUUUAA